AUGCACAGCAUACACGUCUAUACAGCAUGUGGCGAUGAUCCGCUGAAUAACGCCGUAGCUCCGCGGUGUGCUGAGCGAGCCAUUGAGAUCUGCGCCGGCCUGGUCGACCUCGCGCAGAUAGGGAAUGGCGUUGCGCAUACGCUGCCAAGACAGACCAUUUGCUUCGAUGAAUGGAAUGUCUGGGAUCCGAAGCGGGCGCCUGGUGAGCAAGGAGCAGAGGAGCGAUAUACACUCUCUGACGCUCUUGCUGUGGCCGUCUGGUUGAACGUGUUCGUACGGCAAAGCAAGUUUGUCGGCAUGGCCAACAUUGCUCAGAGCGUGAAUGUCAUAUCGCCGCUGAUGACGACGAAGGACGGGCUGGUGAAGCAAACAACUUGGUGGCCACUGCUGUUGUUCUGCAAGUAUAUGCGAGGCUGGACUGUCGCCACGCAUGUUAGUGGCGGCGCAUACGAGGGCGAGACGGAAUUAAAGUGGAUCCGGGCAACGGUCGACACGCCUUGGCUCGAUGUUCGGCUACAGUCAGUGAAGAUGGCUGGGUGA